CUAGCUUCGGAGUUUCAAACACGGCUCGAACUACUACCACCACCAUCUACCACCACCGUCUAUACCCCGCCCUUUCCUUUCUUCAAGUUCGCAGCAGUGUCCAAACCCGGCAACACAAUAUUACCUCCCGGCAAGACAACAGACCCCCUAAUCCUCGCAGUACUCGAAGUUUACGACGAACUCGAAGAUCUCAUGCCUUGGCUGGAACUCGAAGAUCUCAUGCAUCGGCUAGAACUCACCACGGCCUCUGAACUUGACACGGCCCUGGAAUUCGCCGAAAACACAAUUGCACAUUGCAAGGACUAUCGACAGAGAGAAUCUCUCCUUCGUGAACUGGCGGCGAAAAUCGUGGACAUGAAGGUUGAAGUGCGUAGAGCGUUUGGCGAAGACUCUCCUGCGUACAGGAUUCUGGUCCUGCGUGGAAGGCGGAUCGAUUAUUGGUUGAAGACCGUGAGGAUCAUUCACCUGCUCUUGUCCAAAUAUUUCUGGUUCGCGGUACUCCUGUUUCUCCUCUGGUUUCUAUUUCGGGUCAAAGGUCUAGCUUGACUGUCGCGUUUUCGUGGCUGUAUCACACUAUACCUCUAUAUACCUUUUCUGAGAGGACCUUAUAUCUACUGUUGUACCCGCACAAUGUCGUCAAUGUAAUCGAGAAAAUACUCUGUAAAACGAAGUUCAUC